UUUACAAGAUAUUGUAACUUCAUAUUGUCAAUACAUAAUUCGCUUUAAUAUGCUUCUUCAGUUGACAAUAUAAAUCAUGAAAUACAUAAAAUCUUAGGAAAAUUCAAAUACAAGCAUUAUUUGGAAUAUUAUUUAGGAUUGUGUAAAUUUUAAUUUUGAAAGGUUCCAGGUAUCAGUGAGAAGAACAUCAAGUAGAUCAAGAUGAUGAGUCAUUUUAAUGAAGAUAGUGAGAACUCAGACUACUGCUCAGUAACAGGAGAUGAAAGUGCUGUACAAGAGAGUGUACCUACAGCUGAUCUUCAAAAAUUAGAAGUUUCAAAAAAUCAGCUUUUAUAUGAUAUAACAAAUUUAAGAGGAAUAGUGUGUGACUACAAAGUUAAGAACAAGAGGUUGAUCAGAAAAAAUAAAAGUGAAAGAGAUACAUGGAUAGAUGAAGAAAGGAGAUUUAGGGAAAUCAUUUCCGACAAAAAUGCAGAAAUAAAAGACCUACAGUCAAAGGUAAAACGUCUCGAGAUAAAACAUAAAGAUCUUACAGAGCAAUAUAAUGUUUUAAGCAGUACUCGACACAAAGGGGUGUAUGAGCGACAAAACAGAGAAUUAUCUGAAUCAAAAGCUGAAAUAGAGAAAUCUAAAGCUGAAAUACAGGAAUCCAAAGCUGAAAUAGAGAAGCUAAAAGAGAAAAUUCUGCUUCUUGAAAAAGCUUUAAAAGAAAAAGAUGAAACUAUCUGUGAAAAGGUCACAACAGAAAUGAAAGCUGUUGUACAGAAUAAUCAGGACGAAAUGAUGAAGAAGCUGACUGAAACUCAAAGGGCCUAUGAAGAUAAACUUGACAAGGUACAUGAAAAUAUGAUGAACGUGAUUACAGAAAAAGACAGGUUAAAUAAAGAAAUGAUGACUGAAAUGGCAGAAAAAGACAGAGCGCAUAAGGAACAGAUGUUUGAUAUGUUUAAAACAUUUGCAGAAAAACUUGAAUCGAACAAGAGUACAUCCGAACAACAAAUGCCAAGUUUUGAAAGACGUUCGCAGCGGUUUUUCAAUGGAACCGAUAGAGAACAUGAGAAAACAUACGAAAUACAAAGUAAUUACUUUGUCAGUAGAUUUGGACAAUUACCCUAUGAACAUUUAGAAACGAAUAUGGAAACGACCGAAAUACAAGAGCUGAAUUUGUUACAACGACCAGAGAGCUUGCCCGGACAUCUAGUUUCAAUGAAGAAAGAUGUUGACGGACAAAAAUCUGUUGUGGAUGAGAAAUCAGAGAAGGUACCCAGUGGCAAGAUCGUAAAAAACAAUAAUUCAACUAAAAAAAAUCCCACUCUAGUUACAAAGUCGGCGCAGUCACAUUAUGUAACAGUCCAGCAGCAGGGGACUAGUUUGGAAAGAGAUGCUCAUUAUUUUCCAAACAUCAGAAGACAAAGAUGUUUAAAAUGGUGUAGUCCAAACGCUCCUUGGAAAUACCCACAAGGCAAAACAUGAAUGGAAUGACAUUUGGGAAAAAAUAAACUGUAAAAUAAAAAAAAAAAGAACCUGAAGUAUGCAAAGUGAGAACCUUGAAAAAGGAGAACUUAUUUGAAUAGAAACAGCUGAAAGUAUUUCUACAAAACGAUUAAAUACGAAAUACAGAACGUAAGAUAUUUUUAUUGUAUUUUGGUGCAGUUGGAGGAGGGCCAACGUCAUCGUGUGUAUGUGUAUUUGCACUUGAUUGUUGUUUCUAUUUCAUUUCAGAAAAUAAAUGAUCAUGUUAAACAUCCAAAAACUCUUAUUGAACUAAAUAAGUAAGGCAAUGGUUGUAUGGAAAACUGUAUAGCAGAAUAUUUUCAUUUUCAGUGGUACGUUUUUAUUGCAUAUAUUCGCAUCAAUUGUAUAUAUAUGUAUAUAUGAUCUAAAUUUAUCGUAGUAUGUAACUGAAUGUUCGUCUAUCUCCUUUGCUUUUCUUGCACUUAAGAUAUUAUCAGUAGAUCUACAUUACGUUAACAGUGUUUUUACAUUAAGAUUAUAGUUUUAAACGUUUCUUUACAUAUCUAUUGCUAUGCAUUUGUGUUGUUUAUUAAACGGAGACAUGUUUCAUGUCGAAACUAGUACAUUUCUUAAAGAUAUUUCUUUUCUUUCGUCUAGAAUUUUAGGAUUUAAACAAGUGUGUUCCGUUUUUUUUUUCAGGAUAUAACUAUGUAUUGACUCAUAGGUUUUAACUUGUGAUACCAAAAGGUUGCGAGAUCAGACAAACUUAGCUUUACUGUUUAUUCUUCAAUCAAUUGACCUGCUUAUAUAAUUAUCAAAGUAGGGUGUUUGUUUGUUUCAACGCUUGCAAAACAGCAUAUGUAAUCUUUCAACAGAAUUUCUUGAAUAUUAAAAUCCCAUACUUCACUAUUAUAAACAUUAAGGAAUAGUAUCAAUAUGUACAUCAGGUAACAGUUAGCAAAUAAACAGCACAUAAAUUACCCUUACGGAAAUAUUAUAGUUUGCGUGUCAUAUAAUGGACAAAACUGGGCUUUUCACAUAAAAACUUUGUUAAAUGAAAUAGGUAUGUCAAAUAUUCGGUUACAGCAAGAUAGACUUGAUAUUAAUUUACAAAUAAUUAAACUUAGAAUACUAGAUACUUAUAAACAAAGCUGGUACGCAAACAUAAAUAAUUCCAAUAGACUUUCAUCUUAUAGCAUUCACAAACACAUAUUUGAACUAGAAAAAUAUCUUAAUAAUAAACAAUAACAAACAGAGAAUCGCUUUAACUAAAUUUAGAACAUCAGCUCAUAAUUUAGAAAUAGAAAGGGGUCAACAUGAAAAUAUCCCCAGAAAAAAUAGGAAAUGUCGAAAUUGUCCUUUAAAUUUGAUAGAGACAGAGUAUCACUUUUUACUAGUAUGUCCGAAAUACUAUGAACUGCGAAGGAAAUUUUUCAAACCAUAUUUUUGUAGAUAGCCUACAAUACAGAAGUUUGAAUCACUUAUGUCAAGUACAAACGUUAAGCUAUUAAAUAACCUGGCAGCUUACUUAUAUCAUGCUUUCAACGAACGAACUUAGAUUAUAUUUUUGCUCAUUUUACUUUGACUAAACGAUAGAUGCUUUCAGUGUUUGCUGGUUUGUGUAUCUACCGGGAUUGUGUUCUGUGGCGGCCUCUGAGCCAAAUGAUUGCAUACACUGUGUUUGUAAAUACGAAUACCUUACAUAAAUACAAUGGUAUUCUGUGUAUAUGAUAUACGUCAUCAUCCGAGAACGUUAUUAAUACAAUAGUUGAAUAAAUUCCGCAGGUAGUAGAUUUAAUCUUACAUAGACCAACGAACUGGUCUUUUAUUUUUGGUUUUCGGAAAGGCCAACCGAAGUUUGGUCCAUAGACAUAAAUCAUAUCCGAAAAUAUUUACAACAUCGUCCACACCUUGACUUUUGGACAUAUCUGUCAAGGAACUAGCUUUUAAAUAUCGUAGCUAAAUCUUUGAUUAAUGCUUCAGCGUACAUCUAUUUGCGGAUGUUCUCGUAUUAAAAAUUUCGUUUCAUAACGUCAUUGAGUUUAGAGGAUGAAACAAGAAAUAAUGUGAUUUCGAUACCGAUGUAUAUAUGUAAUGGCAAUUCAUGGCUUAUUUUAUUUAUGUAGUGAUUAAUUUCGAACAAUGAGCCGUUGAUACUCCUUAGCGUCACUUUCUCAAUGCAAGGUCCAAUAAUACCCGUUAUAUCCACAAAUUAAUUAAACAAUGCAAGGGAAAUAACCUCUGCAAGUUGUCAUAUAUUACAAUCAAAAGUUACUUGUCCUUACCCUGCUCUUAGUUGUGUAGAUAAGAGUAAAUUAUGAUCAAGUUCUCUUUCAUACCCCUUUUGUUGUCGGGAGUUAUGAUACAGAAGUGUACAUGUAAUAGGUGUUAAUCUACUGAACUUCUCAGUUAAAUGUUUGGAAACUACAGGCAUGUGUUAUGCUUUACAACAUUGUGCUGUUUAUAUAGACUAUAAAUUGUAUGUUUGCAAUUUUAUGUCGAAUAAAGAAUAUGUUAUGUUA